CUAUUUUAAUGAAAAAAACUGAAUUUUAAUUCAUCUAAUUUGUUUAUGAAUGGAAAAUGUAUUCUGGAUUUCGUUUUCUUUUACAUUUUCAAUCGAAACCUGUCUCGUUUAAUUGAUAUGGAAAGAGCUUUUGCAUUUGAAGUGAAUCCAUUGACGAACUUGGUUGGCUUGAAAAUGCAAUCUCAUCUGAUUCAAUUGCAACACUUGAAAUAGUGACAAUCUUACUUGUUGCUUGUUCUUCAUUCUUAGCAGUACAAUCUACUUUGGACAUUUUCAAGCUUCCAAAAUUUUCCCAUCACAUUAUGUUCUGUUUGGUGGCUGAGAAAAUGUUGCAUGAAAGAAAAGAAGAUUUCGAUUUGUGACACCUGUGUUAUUAUUUGACAAGGUCAAAGCGAAUUCUAGUUCACUGAUGAUCUAAAACAUAAAAAAAAAUGAAAUGUCCAAUAAAGAAGCAAUGGAGACUUUGUUUUUAGAAUUUCUUGACAAUAAAUGCUACCUAAUCUCAUGAUUAGUUGUAAUUUUGGUUUUCAUAUCUUAACAGCUUUCCAUUCUUAAUGUUUUAUUUUUCUUAAUUCUUGUUAUUUCUCUAUGAAUUUCUAAUACUUGGUAUUAGUCUUUGGGAGGUUGGGUUGCUUCAAAGUCUAAAGGCGAUAAAAGGGGAUUUAAGUAAUGGACCGCCGCUGGCCUUGGAAGAAAAAAUCAUCUGAUAAAGCUGCUGCCGCUGCUGCUGCUACUUUGGCUUCAGCUGCAUCUGAAGCCGAUUGGGAUAACUACAAAAAAUCAAAAUAUGUUCAAAUUUCCGUGGAAUCAUAUUCACAUCUCACUGAUUUGGAGAAUCAACUAAUAACAUAUGAAGAACAAGUUCAGACAUUGGAGGAUGAGAUUAAAGACUUGAAUGAAAAGCUCUCUGCAGCCAAUUCUGAGAUUACUAAUAAGGAAGACUUGGUGAAACAGCAUACUAAAGUUGCAGAAGAAGCAGUCUCAGGUUGGGAAAAAGCUGAAGCAGAGGCCUUGGCAUUGAAAAAUCACCUGGAAUCGGUUACACUUUUGAAGCUCACAGCUGAAGAUAGGGCAUCGCAUUUGGAUGGUGCUCUUAAAGAGUGCAUGAGGCAAAUCCGAAAUCUGAAGGAGGAACACGACCAAAAGCUGCAAGAUGUGGCAAUUAGCAAAAACAAGCAAUGUGAAAAGAUUAAGCUUGAUCUUGAAGCUAAGAUAGCUAAUUUAGACCAAGAGCUGCUUAAAUCUGAAACUGAAAAUGCUGCAAUUUUAAGGUCCUUGCAAGAACGUUCUAACAUGCUGAUUAAGAUUAAUGAAGAAAAAUCACAAGCUGAGGCAGAGGUUGAGAUUUUGAAGGGUAAUAUUGAAUCAUGUGAAAGGGAAAUAAAUUCACUGAAGUACGAACUCCAUGUAGUUUCCAAAGAGUUAGAAAUUCGUAAUGAAGAAAAGAAUAUGAGUAUGAGGUCUGCAGAAGCAGCUAACAAGCAGCAUAUGGAGGGUGCCAAAAAGAUAGCAAAGCUAGAAGCAGAGUGCCAAAGAUUGCGUGGUCUUGUGAGGAAAAAGUUGCCAGGUCCUGCUGCGCUUGCCCAAAUGAAGCUAGAGGUUGAAAGUUUAGGACGGGAUUAUGGAGAUACACGACUAAAGAGGUCUCCUGUCAUGCCUUCUACUCCACAUCUGUCCACUGUGACUGACUUUUCUGUUGACAAUGCACAGAAAUUCCAUAAAGAGAAUGAGUUUCUCAGAGAACGUUUAUUGGCAAUGGAAGAAGAAACAAAGAUGCUGAAAGAAGCUUUGGCAAAGUGUAACAGUGAAUUACUGGCUUCUAGGAAUCUGUGUGCUAGAACGUCUAACAAGCUUCAGACAUUAGAAGCACAACUUGCCAUCAUCAACCAACAAAGAAGUCCCUCAAAAGCGAUUGUUCAGAUUCCUGCUGAACCAUACUCAAGUCAAAAUGCUAGCAAUCCACCGAGUGUGACAUCUGUAUCUGAAGAUGGAAAUGAUGAUGACAGGAGCUGUGCCGAUUCAUGGGCAACAGCUUUGAUCUCCGAGCUCUCACAAUUCAAGAAGGAAAAGAGCACUGAGAAGUCAAAUAAAACUGAAAAUGCAAAGCACUUGGACCUUAUGGACGACUUUCUUGAGAUGGAGAAGUUGGCUUGUUCUUCAAAUGAUUCAACUGCAAAUGGUGCAAUCACCAUUUCAGGUUGUACCACCAAUAAGAUUUCUGAAACUGUUAAUGGUGUUGCUUCGAGAGAGAUAUCUUGCAAGGAACUCCAGUCUGAAAAGCAGCAUGAUUUAUCUCCAUCAGUAAAUCAUGUAUCUUCAAAUAUGGAUUUGUCAGUAGUGUAUCCUGGAUCUGAUGCAGACAAAUUGCCCGUUAUGAGGCUUCAAACAAGGCUCACUAUGGUGCUUGAAUCAAUGUCUAAGGAUGCUGAUGUGCAGAAAAUUCUGGAGGACAUCAAAAGCGCUGUGCAGGAUGUACAUGAUACCCUGAGCCAGAACCCUGUAAAUGGUAUCUCUGAGGAAGUGCAUGACUCUGAUGGCACAUGCAAUGGACAGGCUUAUCCUGGAGAUAGUAGUUUAACUGCAGAGAAGGAAAUUGCUAAGUCCCCAGGUGAUAUGGUGACUUCAGAAACUGUGCAAAUUAUAAGUCAAGAAUUAGCUGCUGCGGUUUCUCAGAUUCAUGACUUUGUACUGUCCCUGGGAAAAGAAGCAAGAUCAGUUGAUGACAUAUCUUCUGAUGGCAAUGGAUUAAGCCAAAAAAUUGUUGAGUUCUCUGUCACCUAUGAUAAGUUCUUAUGCAGCAAUGUGAGUUUGGAUGAUUUCAUUUUCAAUCUUUCUACCGUUUUAGCCAAAGCCUGUGAACUAAGAUUCAAUGUGCUUGGCUACAAGGGUAAUGAAGUGGAAAUCAAUAGUCCUCAUUGCAUAGAUAAGGUUGCUUUACCAGAAAAUAAAGUAACUCAAAAGGAUUCAUCAGGAGGAAGAUAUCAAAAUGGCUGUGCUCACAUUUCAAAUCCAACUUCCAAUCUUGAGGUUCCUGAUGAUGGAAACCUGGUCUUGCACUAUGAAUCAAAACAAUUGAGCAAAUUCACUCCAGAAGAGUUCGAGGGAUUGAAGUUGGAGAAAGAAAACAUGGCAAUGAAUCUUUCCCGAUCUACUGAAAAUCUGGAGAUGACUAAGUCUCAGUUACAUGAAACCGAGCAGCAUCUAGCAGAAGCUAAAUUUCAAUUGGCUUCUGCUCAAAAGUCAAACAGCUUGGCUGAGACACAGCUCAAGUGCAUGGCAGAGUCAUAUAGAUCACUUGAAACACGUGCAGAGGAGUUAGAGACUGAGGUGAACCUUCUACAGGUAAAAAUAGAAACUCUGCAAAAUAAGCUUCAAGAUGAAAAAGGAAGUCAUCAUGAUGCUUUAGCCAGAUGUAAGGAACUAGAAGAGCAGUUGCAAAGGAACGAGAGCUGUUUUGUUUGCUCUUCAGCAGCUGAUAAUGACCUCAAGAGUAAGCAGGAGAAAGAAUUAGCAGCUGCAGCAGAGAAAUUAGCAGAGUGUCAAGAAACCAUAUUCCUUCUUGGCAAGCAAUUGAAAUCUUUGCGCCCUCAGACAGAUAUGAUGGGAUCACCAUACAAUGAUAGGAGCCAAAAGGAUGAAGGUUUCCAUGAGGCCGAACCCACUACCAGCGGAUUGAACUUGCAAGACUUAGAUCAGGCAGAGAUAGACACUGCUGCUUCUGGCAAUGCAAGCAGAACAGGUGCGGAGUCCCCCAUGGAGUCAUUUAACAUGCCAUGCAGCCCAUCUGAUGUUGAAUCAAACAUUUUGAGAUCACCGAUCAAUUCAAAUAAUCUAAAACACAAGUCUACCAUGCCAAGCACUUCAUCUACCUCGUCUACCCCAACGCCAGAGAAACAUUCACGAGGCUUUAGCAGAUUCUUUUCCUCCAAAGGGAAGAAUGGUCAUUAAGCUGCAGCUCGUGGGCAUCAAAGUUGAUGAUUGAGGAGGCAACUUAAUAAAAAUAAGAAGAACCAAAGUUUAGAAACCUCCAUAUUCCUUAUUCGAUGCUAGAAACAGCUUCGAGGAGGGGUCUUUACUUUGGUAGCCGAAGUGUUUUCAUGGGUUUCACAUUGUGAAGUGAUGCUUGGACGUCAAAGUAAUUUUGUAACUAACGACUGUAUGUGGCAUCCAUCUGUAUUAAAUAUUUUUUCCUCCCUUCAAUCCCCUUUGUUAUUUGCCCAAGUGAAUGCGACGUAGUUCUGUACUGUUCAAUAUAUUCUGAAUAUUACUGUAUUUGGCAGUUUCUUUUGAAGCAACCAAAGAGCGGAGAAGAAUUUAAAGGUAAUACAUUUUCCAUAAUCGUAUCCUACAACAAAUUUAAUUAGUGUUUCUGGAAAAGGUUUCGACUUUUGACAGAUUAUUUGCAGGUUUAAUGCCUUAAUUGUAAAUCUAAAUGGGCUGGGGCCAUGCAGGGAUGAGAGAGAGCUAUUUUCAGCAUGUUAACCUUUUUAUCUUCCAUUUUUUCCGGGCCCACCUAAAAUUUACUCUUUAGAAGGGAUGAAG